CAUGCCCUGACCGGGGCCUGGGAUGGAGCCUGCAACUGAAUUAUGAACCCUUGACCAGAAUCAAACCAGGGACCCUUCAGUCCUCGGGCCAACACUCUAUCCUCUGAGCCCAAGUACUUAGUCUGACUAGGGCUGUCUAAAUAUUUCUAUAGCAGAAAACACUAAUUAAAUCUGUGGUCUUUAUAGGGAAUAUAGUAAAUAUGAAGUGAGUGUGUAUUGCAGGCUACAAUAGGAAAUGGUUUCACGAAAACUCACUUUUAUCCUGUCUACUCCUCUGACCAGAAAUUCAGAGCAUACCUGCACGCAACUUGUGUUGGCAUCUUAAGAGCAUAGAUCAAGGAGUUUUCAUCCUCCUCCCCUUUUUAAUCACCCUAUUUGGUCCUCUUAGAUCCAUUUGGGAAAAUUGUAAGUUGAAACUGCAGGGCACACCUGUACCUGUUUUGCUUCCCUCUGCUUUGUCUAACUCUUAAAUACGGCAUCUCAGAUUGAAUAAUGGUGAAAUCAAAGGGCAUUGUUCAAACUGAAAAAACAUUUUAACUGAACCACAAAGUUCAGUAGUUAGGAGCAAAAGUUUUUGAAUUUUUGAUGAACCAUGAUGGACCAAGAUUCAGAUUCUAACCCAGCCCCUUCACUAGCUACAUGACCCUGGGAAGUGACUUCUCUAAGCCUCAGGUUCCUCAUCUUUAGAAGGGGAAUAGUGCCUUUCUUAGAGGGGUUGUCAUGAGAUAAUAACAAAGCUUUUUAUAAGUUAUAUCUGAAUUGUUUUUCCUUCAAGCUCUGCUAGUAAAUUUAAUGGUCUAAAUAUUUGAUAAUCACGUUUUUAGAAUGUGAUUUUGUUUAGUUCCUCAAAAAUCAUAGCAUAAAGCAAAGUAUACCUGUGCAUGUUAUUUUAAGGUGGGUUUUUUGUUUUCCCUCGUAGAAAGAAAUUUGUUCUGCACAUCUUUUUAAUGUAUUUUUAUUGACUUUUAGAGAGGAAGGGAGAUGGAGAGGGAGAGAGAGAGAUGAAACAUCAAUGAUGAGAGAGAAUCAUCUAUUGGCUGCCUCCUGCACACCCCACACUAUGGAUCGAGCCCUGACCAGGAAUCGAACUGUGACCUCCUGGUUCACAGGUUAAUGCUCAACCACUGAACCACGUGGGCCAGGCUGUUCUACACAUCUUUUUAUCUGCUAUGGAACAUGCUGGGGGAAAGUGUUUCUUAUACAUAUUCUCCAUAGUUCAGAAAGGCCUGACUGAUGAUCAGGAACCUCCCUAUUCAAUGAUUACAUUGCACGAAAUGGCAGAAACAGAUGAAGGAUGGUUGGACGUUGUCCAGUCUUUAAUUAGAGUUAUUCCAUUGGAAGAUCCAUUGGGACCAGCUGUUAUAACAUUGUUACUAGAUGAAUGUCCAUUGCCCACUAAAGAUGCACUCCAGAAAUUGACAGAAAUUCUGAAUUUAAAUGGAGAAGUAGCCUGCCAGGACUCGGGUCAUCCUGCCAAACACAGGAACACAUCUGCUGUCCUGGGCUGCUUGGCCGAGAAACUAGCAGGUCCUGCAAGUAUAGGUUUACUUAGCCCAGGAAUACUGGAAUAUUUGCUACAGUGUCUGAAGUUACAGUCCCACCCCACAGUCAUGCUUUUUGCACUUAUCGCACUGGAAAAGUUUGCACAGACAAGUGAAAAUAAGUUGACUAUCUCUGAAUCCAGCAUUAGUAACCGGCUUGUCACGUUGGAGUCCUGGACCCAUGAUCCCGAUUAUCUGAAACGUCAAGUUGGUUUCUGUGCCCAGUGGAGCUUAGACAAUCUCUUUCUGAAAGAAGGUAGGCAGCUGACCUAUGAGAAAGUGGACUUGAGUAGCAUCAGGGCCAUGCUGAAUAGCAAUGAUGUCAGCGAGUACCUGAAGAUCUCGCCUCAUGGCCUGGAGGCUCGCUGUGAUGCCUCCUCUUUUGAAAGCGUGCGUUGCACCUUUUGUGUGGAUGCUGGGGUGUGGUACUACGAAGUAACCGUGAUCACUUCCGGUGUCAUGCAGAUCGGCUGGGCCACACGCGACAGCAAAUUUCUCAAUCAUCAGGCCUUGCUAAUCUCCUGGGCCGUCUCCCUCCAGGAAGGCUACGGCAUUGGGGACGAUGAGUAUUCCUGUGCUUACGAUGGCUGCCGGCAGCUGAUUUGGUACAAUGCCAGAAGUAAGCCUCACCUGCACCCGUGCUGGAAAGAAGGAGAUACGGUAGGAUUUCUGUUAGACUUGAAUGAAAAGCAAAUGAUCUUCUUUUUAAAUGGCAACCAGCUGCCUCCUGAGAAGCAAGUCUUUUCGUCUACUGUAUCUGGAUUUUUUGCUGCAGCUAGUUUCAUGUCGUAUCAACAGUGUGAGUUCAAUUUUGGAGCAAAACCAUUUAAAUAUCCACCAUCUAUGAAAUUUAGCACUUUUAAUGACUACGCCUUCCUGAGAGCUGAAGAGAAGAUCAUUUUGCCAAGGCACAGGCGUCUUGCUCUGUUGAAGCAAGUCAGUAUCCGGGAAAACUGCUGCUCCCUGUGUUGUGAUGAGGUAGCAGACACACAGCUGAAGCCAUGUGGCCACAGUGACCUGUGCAUGAAUUGUGCCUUGCAACUGGAGACCUGCCCAUUGUGUCGGAAAGAAAUAGCGUCUAGAGUCAGACAGAUCUCUCAUAUUUCAUGACACACGGGAAGAGACACACGGACUUAUUUCUACUCAAUUCCAGCCAGUGUGGAAAAGAAAAAGAAAAAACCCAUCUCUAAUCAGUUGUACGCACAUUGAAACUUAUAGCCAUGGCCAGAUUUUAUGCUAAAAAUGGUAGUUUGUCAAAGACAAAAUUCUCUUAGAAUCUAACCCAACUUGCCAGCCCUGAGAAAUUCCUUUCAAGGCCAAGGAAAGCUGAGUGCUAACAAGUGAGGCCUGUGGUACUUCCCUGAAGCGAUAGGGGGCAGCACCCUCACGAGUGCUGGGGCCACACCAGAUUUCUCCAUGUUGGGUUCGUUUGAUUGUCUAACACAGGAUGUUUUGUCUCAUAUUCUGAAGUUUUAUUUGGACAGAAGGUCAUUAUGGAGAAGUAAACGGCAGCAUUUCUGGGUUGAGUAUAACUUCCCAUUGGUCAGAGAUAGCGGUGUGUUAAGUGUGGCUAUUGCACUGUAAAACUUGAAUCUAUAAAACUAGAACCACACAGGUCAAUACUACGAGCAAUUUGGAGAGCCUGAAAGAAGGUGCACAGACUGUAGAAAACUCCCAAACUUUUGAUAUUUCAGUGAUUCCAAAGAACAUUCUAGUUUUUUUUAAAUGCAGAAAAUCGGUGGUAUUUUCACAUUCAUGGUGUUUCUAUCCAACUUCAGUACCCACAUUUCGUGAGGAAAACAUGUUUUAACAAUGCAGGAUGAAUUCUUGAAUUAAUUGCAAUGUUUGGAGAAAAUUUGGUAUUUAAGGUAUUUUUAAGGUACCAUCAAAUCAGGUUUUUGGUUAAAAAAAUUGUUUUUAAUCAGUAUUGUUUUUGAAAGUAACAUACUUUGAAACGCUUGAACUAACAGUCUCAGAAACUCUUAGAAGAUAGUCUGAGAGCACGUAUUCCUGUUGUUUUGAAUAAAUAACAUGUUUGAAUAGUGAAUUCAAUCAUGGAUUGCUGACUGUAUCUCCAUCAAAGUGUUCCUCCCUCUCAGGGUCUCUGGUGAAGACCUUCAAGAGUUUGGUUUUUUUCUCCCAGAAAAUUGGAAGGUAGAAUUGUAAAUCCAUAGAAUUUACUUUAUAAUGGUGUACCUCAGCAGCUGCCUUUCGAUUUAUGCCAAGUCCUUACUGAGUUUAUACUUGAAUAGUAAAUAUGUCUUCUGAGUUUUACAGUGUCUUAAACUCAAUGCACAUUUUUUCUUCCUUCCCUACCCUUUUUCGUUUGUAGUUCAUUAAAAUGUCCUCUUACAGUG